UCAGACGGAAGGAAUCAUGUUUGUUGUGAGUGAGGAAACAGCUGAUCGAACGUUUGCUUUCUCUUGCGCAGAGGCGCCGCGUGCAGCUGUAGGUCAGCAAGUUCCAGCAGCUUGAAUGAAGCCUGGCUGGAGAUGCUUACAUACACUCACAAACUGUGUAUGUAGAACUGGGAAGAGGAUGUGAGAGGCUCUGGAUUACUCUUCUCGUCUGCUGUCUGGUUGCGUUCCGGCCACCGGCGAGGUGGAAUGGGCCCGGCCUCGAUGCAGGAGGAGUCCAGCAUGGCCGAGACCGAGGAAGAGAUGGAGAGCUAUGGCUGCCUCCUGCAGGCCGGAUCCCAACUGGAGAGCACACUGCAGCAGGUGAAUGUACCCUUGAGCAUGAAGGAAGUCAGAGGCUACAUUGAGAAACAGGUUGCAUACCUGUCAGGUGGCCGUGGAGAAGACUCCAGCGUCAUCAUCACGCUCCCGGAAAGCUCAGCCUUCAGGGACAUACCAGAGGAGGCCUUGGCUAAAGUCUUCACGUACCUCACGCUCAUCCCUCGAACGAGGCAACCGGGAGUAAAGUUCAUCAUCAUUUUAGACCGGAGACUGGACACCUGGGCUUCUAUCAAGACUGCAUUGGCCAGAAUAGCAGCCUCCUUUCCCGGGAACCUCCACCUGGUCCUGGUCCUCCGACCCACCAGCUUCUUCCAUCGCACCUACACCGACAUCGGCUUUCGCUUCAGCCAAGAAAACUUCAUGCUCAAAAUGCCGGUGGUGAUGCUGAGCUCCGUCACAGAUCUGCUGAAGUACAUCAAUGAAAACCAGCUGACAUCAGAGUUUGGAGGCACUCUCGACUACUGUCACAGCGACUGGAUUGUUUUAAGAACGGCAAUUGAAAGUUUUGCCGUCACAGUCAAAGACGUGGCACACAUGCUGCAGGCCUUCGGCACUGAACUGGCCGAGACGGCCAUGCCCAGCGAGGGCGACGCCAUCCAGAGUCUCCUGGAGUGUCACAGUGAAAAAUACAGGAAGCUUAAAGAGGCUAUUCGAUCUUUGUCAAAAGAGGGCCAACGUCUUCUCUCAAGCCUGGAGACCACCACCAGCACCAGGGACAACGAUGACCCUGACUGGGACGUCCAGCUGGACCGGGAGACGGUUCAACGGCUCCUGGCUCAACUCCGAGACAUGGAGUUGGCCUUCGACGGCUACUUUGAGAAGCACCGUCUAAAACUGCACCAGUACCUGCAGUUGCUCACAUAUGAGCAAAGCUUUCAAGAGAUGGAGUCGUGUCUGUCGCGUGUGUCGUCUCAGCAGAGCGAGCUGUCCACGUCCGUCGACACGCUGGCUCAAGUCGAGCAGGCUCUCAAACAGCUGGACACUUUGGAAACAUUUGCUCAGGAAGUGAUGUCACACGCCCAGAUCAUCAUCCUCCACGGGCACCAGCUGUCAGCGGGCCACCAUUACGCCACCGCUCUUAUCAUGCAACGUUGCAACGAGCUGCGGCAUCACUGCGAUGGCCUCACUGCUGCUCUGGGGAGCAAACGCUGUCAUCUCCUCCAAGCGCAGCAGCUGCUGAUGUCUCUGGACCAGGCCCAGACCUGGUGUGAUGAUGGAGCCUAUCUGCUGGCCAAUCAGCUCAUGGAGAACUUCCAGUCCAAGGAGGGGGCUCAGACUGCUUUGAAGGCCAUCGAGAGCUUUCUGGAAGGCUCGCCGUCCGUAAUGACAUCUGGACCUGACGUUCUGGCUCUGGAGUAUGAAGCUGUCAUUACCCCUCAACUGCAGGGGAAGAUAAGUAAAACGUUUGAGAAGCACGCAGCCGUGCAGCAGAUGAUCCAGAACAGACGGGCUGGUCUGAGGAAGCUUGCCGACAAACACGUCCGACCGAUCCAGUUGGUGGCCCCCCGUGCUGAGAACCCACCUCGCUCUAAAUCGCCAAUCUUCUCUCCCAAGCAUUCUGACGGUUUAAAAUUCACAUUUGAUCUCCCUCUGCCCGGAAAGAGGGCAUCCAGAAAAGGCCCCAACGCUCGCAAAAUCGAGGUGAUUCACGACUACCAGGACAGCCGCAGCUGUGUGUCGUACGGCGUGGAGGGAGAGGACAGCCCGGAUGUCCUCAAGCGUCAUGUGAUAAGGGAGCUCAUCGAGACGGAGAGGAUCUACGUGGAAGAGCUGCUGUCGGUCCUCCUCGGCUACAAAGCGGAGAUGGACAACCCGCUUCUGGCGGCUCUCCUGCCGCCCGUCCUGCGGGCCCAGAGAGGCGUCCUCUUCGGAAACAUGCCCGACAUCUACAACUUUCACAGCAGCAUGUUUCUCCAGGACCUUGAAGGAUGUCUGGAUACUCCUGAAGGUGUGGGAGUUUGCUUUCUUGCCAGGAAGGAGAACUUCCAAAUGUACGAAUGCUACUGUCAGAAUAAACCCCGUUCAGACGCUCUGUGGCGACAGUUCUCUGAUCGCCCCUUCUUCCAGGUGUGCCAGAAGAAGCUCGGCCACAAACUGGGCCUGGACUCUUACCUGCUGAAACCAGUUCAACGCCUCACCAAGUAUCAACUGCUCCUCAAGGAGCUGCUGAAACACAGCACUGACUGCGAUGGAUCGUCUGAGCUGCAGGGGGCGCUAACAGCCAUGCUUGACCUGCUCAAAUCAGUCAAUGACUCCAUGCAUCAGAUAGCAAUCACAGGAUAUGAGGGGGACAUUUGCGAGCUGGGCCGCGUGCUGAUGCAAGGCUCUUUCAGUGUGUGGAUCAGCCACAAGAAAGGGCCCACGCGCAUGAAGGAGCUGGCCCGCUUCAAGCCCAUGCAGCGCCACCUCUUCCUCUACGAGAGCGUGCUGCUCUUCUGCAAGAGGAGGGAGGAGCACGGCGACGGCUGCGAUAAGACGCCCUCGUACGGCUUCAAGCACUGCAUAAAGAUGACUGCUGUGGGGAUCACAGAGAACGUCAAAGGAGAUCCAAGGAAGUUUGAGAUCUGGUACAGCGGCAGGGAGGAGGUGUAUGUGGUUCAGGCUUCCAGCGUGGGGGUGAAGACGUCGUGGCUCAGCGAGCUGCGGCGAAUCUUGACCAACCAGCAGAAGUUGCUCAGAGACGAGGCUCAUCAAAACGGACAACUGGUAGAGCACAUGCAUCUUUCUCCACCACCUUGUGAGAGUUGUCCCCUUUCCCCCCCCAGUUCGACACCCCUGGGGGGUGCCCGUGAGGACAUCAUGAUUCUCGGUAAGCAGCAGAGAGAGUCAGUGAGCUCAGAGGACACCGAGUCGGGAAAGAGCAGUCCGGACGCCCAGCAACGUGCCCCCAAAUACCAGCUCAACCGCAGGAGUUGGCCGGGAGCUCAUCAUCAGUCGGUGAACAUCUGCAAGGGUCUGGAUGAGAAAAGUGGCAGUCAAGACAAGUUCCACCAGUCUGACACACAACUGGUGAAACUGUCUCGAGGCAGAUAUCGAGCCUUGGCCGACUGCCUUCAAAACGGACUGGACAGUGUCCUCAUCAAAUGCGGCGAUGUCAUCCAGUUGAUGUGGGAAGACAACAAAGGCCGCUGGCUGGUGAAGAAUCUGAGUCGACACCAAGAUGGCUUCAUUGCGUCUGCUAGCCUGCAAGUGACCAUAAGGGGGAGCAGUCGAACAGCCUCCUCCAGACUCAGGGAAAUGGGCAACGCCAGGGCGAGAAAGCUUAGUUCUCCUUAGAGAGAAGGAGAUCAGACCAAAGAAACAGGUCCAGUCCUCGCUUUGUGGCACAUUGUCUCAUUCCCUGCCAUUGACGGCUAUAUCAGUCAAAGUAUCCAUGUUUACUGUGAUGGCUUGCAGUGAAUGUUAAGGAGUUGGAUUUCAUAUCCCUACAUGUUCGGAUUGACAAUCCGGAUUCCACUGGUGUUUUCUCAUCACGCUGACAUAUUGUCAACGUAUGCCGAGGACGAAGACUGUGGGAGAGGUGCGUGCUUUCCUACGAUUCCAAAGUGCGGAUAUGACUCUCAAUUGGACGUGUGUGUUAGGCUUUACUGAAUGGAUGCUCAAGUCCAGGACUGCAAUGGAUUUUCCACAGCAUAUUCAUGUUUGACUGCAAGCAAUCAUCAUAGACAAAAUGGCUUGAAGAAAAUCAUGGAUCUGAAGGUCAUAGCACAUACUAAUCAGAUUGCGCUGAUCUAAUUCCAGUACUCCUCGGAGACACCAGGAGGCAUUCUGUACUUUCAUGGUAUCUGAGGGCUGCUACAAUACUUUGUAUUUUUUUUAGACAUCUGCUUGACAUCACACUCACUUUCUAAGGGAAUGUCUUGCCCUUUGUAUCAGUCCUUCUGUGUUCUGCCUCAUGUGCUCUUCUGUGUGAAAGUGCCAAAAUAGGGUUUUCACUGGGGUUUUUCCUUUUGUUUUAAGGUUUUAAUAAGUAAGAAUCACAACGACAAUCUCUGUAACAAAGAAGGAGUGUGGCCUUUGUGUGCCGUCUGCCUGGCUGUUUAUUCCUGUGUUAGCAUGUAUGAGGUAUAUGAAUGGGAUGCACAACACCAGACUUCAGCAGGGUUCAUGUAAUAUAGUGAACCCCCAUUUAUUGUGAGCGACACGUUUCAGACGCACCAGUGAUAAGUGAAAAAGACGUAACAGAGAGACCUUAUAAUUGUUUAUAUUAUAUAAUAGACUCCCGCCGCAUAAGGCCCGCUGCACACCGAAUGACACAACCGAACGCGACAGAACUGGAUAAUCGUGAAAAACAUAGCCGCUCACUGCCGCACAGCGCGAUUGACCCUUGCACACCACCAACUCCCUGCAGUGAAAACACUUCUGGUGUUCUUAUCGGGAAACAAUGUUUUGAAGCACCACAUAUACUACUGUAUUCUUUUUUUUUUUUUUUUUAUUAAAACCACGAACAUGGCAUGAUUGUCGAGGAAGAAACCGAUUGCCCUGGCCAACGUGUCUAUAUUAUAGCAAUACAAAAAGAGGAAAAGGGCGAGAAAUAAAGGAAAGGGUCUGGAUAUUGAGCGGCUAUUGGCAAUGAUCACACCAUUCCCUAAUUGCACUAAGAGCGUGUAUUUCAGUGACAGAGACUCUUCACACUUUUUGUUAGCUACAGUUACAUAAUGAAAUUAUAAAUAUAGUUGUCCCUCACGAUAUUGCCAUUCCCUAUUUGCAGCUUUGCUACAUUGCAGAUUUUUAAAAUCGUAUUUAUAUCGCCGAUCAGUCGCUAUAUCGCAGGAUUUUGUGGUGAUCAUUUUUCCACACGGGCUGUUACUGCAGAGAAAUAAUCACGCUGCAUCUUAUGUUCAGUAGCGCCCGGCAUCUUGUGGCACAAUGUGGUACUACACUGAAAUCACGCAACUCUAAAUUCGGAACGUUUGCUUAAAAACCCGCAAUAUAGUGGUGGCAUGAAAGAUGAACCGAUAUACCAGGGGUUCGCUUCGCUGUCCACAUGAUGAAGAUGAAUACAACCGACCAAUGGUAAGGGAGCGGUGCUCCUUACUUCCUGUUGUUAGCCCCGCCCUCCACGCUUCCCAAGUAGGCUGACUUUAAUGAGAGGGGAUCAUGAUAUAUCAAUGCGUGUUCAACACUUCAUGAAAUAUUGAUGGCAUAUCUAAAUAAAUUUACCAAAACCGAUUGAGCGCUCCCACCGAGGAGCAGUUUUGGAAUGGCCGCGACGUUUGAUAUGUAAAUGUAUCUUGGAAGCAGUAAGAGCCUGGUCACAUGACAUGUUUCCGUUGUUCAAAUAUGUAUUUUUCCUUCACUUUGCAUGCCGUCUCCCCUCCCCAAGUGAAAUCCUGUCUCCGUUUAUUCAUAAGAGCCACGAUUGUUUGAAUGCUUAUACGCAACAAAAUGAGCUGAUAUUUUGUUGCUGCAGAUUUUGCACAGAUUUUCCAAACACGGAAAACCUUCUCAAAUAAAAGCUUGAAGCUUUUAUUCAUCCAGUUGAGCCAAGAAGCCUAAACCUGGCUAUGAAUGUUUCUUUAAUCCAACUAAACAAUAGAUAGAUUUGUAUUGUUAGGUUUGUUUUCACAUUUUUAGCCACGAAUUUGCAAUCUGAUUAUUGAAUAGAUGAAUAUUUAUUGCAAUAACUGCUGUGUUAAUAAGGCUACACUUUUCAUAAUUACAAUGUUUAAGAAAACAGUCCAUAAACCCCAAUUGAAUCAAUUUGUCCCAUUUGCAGGGUUUGGAUUAAAGCCUAUGACAACAAUAAAGUGGUGCAGAUGUU